CUGAAGGAUGCUCAGCUGGCUCUUGUGCAAUCGGAAGCAGCGUGUUUGCGUGGGGGAGAAGGAUGAGCUGCUGGAAGGCGAUAUAAGGCACGAGGUGUGGAGCAUGAGAGCAGGAGCAGCCUGGGGCAGCGGCGGGUGGAGGAGCAGAGUGGCCCGACGAUGGAAAGGACUGUGAGACGCUUGCUGCUGCUCUCUGCCCUCUGCCUGGCUGGUGGUCAAGGCAACAAGAGUGAGCUGGUGAGCACACAUGGCCUGAGGCAAGGGGUUGCCCUCCGUCUCCAGAGAAGCCCGAACACCUGCCUGCCAAACCCCUGCCAGCACCAGGGUGGUUGCCAGGUGAUGGAGGACAGACCAGUUUGCAACUGCAAACCAGGCUUCACAGGGACGUUCUGCCAAGAUGUGGAACUGAAGUUGGCCUGCGAGGAAGAGCACAUGGAGAUGAUGGUGAGGAAGGAGGUGUUUGAACUCUUGAAAAUCCCCCGGGAGCUUGUCCACUUGAAGAACCAGGCAUGCAAGGUCUCAGAAAGAGAACAAGAGGGUGAGCUGUUUUUUGCAGCCACUCUCACAGGUGAAAACCACACUGCCUGUGGAUCAAAAAUUCAGCAAAACGGCUCCCAUGUGUCGUACUCCAACGUCAUCGAGUCAGAGCAGGAAGCACGCGGGGGUGUCAUCUCCCGAAGGUUUCAGCUGGAGGUGCAUUUCUCCUGUGUCUACGCCUAUGAGCAGGUGGUGAAAUUGCCUUUUGCUCUCGCCCCUGUUGACAAGCUGGUGCAGUUCGUGGUCAGCGAAGGACACUUCAACGUCAGCAUGAGACUCUACAAGACCGCCUCCUACCUCCAGCCCUAUCACCUGCCAACCACUGCCAUCCCUGUCACAGACACGCUCUAUGUCCUGCUGAAGAUAGAGGGACAGCACCAGCUCAAGUACUUCCUGCUGAGCAUUGAGGACUGCUGGGCCACCCCAAGCGUGGAUCCCUACCAGGACAUGCGGCACAAGCUCAUUGAGAAGGGGUGUCCCCAUGAUGAGACAGUGACAUACCUGAAUGCCAUUGGAAAGAGCACUACUGCCAAGUUCAGCUUCCAGAUGUUUCAGUUUGUUGGUUACCCUGAGGUGUUCCUGCACUGCCGUGUCCGGCUCUGUCUCCCUGAUGGCCCGGAGCCCUGUGCCAAGCAAUGCCCCAGGCGCUGGAGGAGCAAGCGGGCGCUGGCAGAUGAGUACAAUAAGAUUGUCUCCUAUGGGCCCAUCCACCUGCUGUCUGCUUCUUCCUUGGCAGCAGAGACCCGCCAUUCCAGAACUGAUCUACAGGGCCAGGGCCGUACGUAUGUCCCUCUGGGAAGGGCAGGAGCUGCUCACAGACCCUUGCAACAGUCAGGACCCAGCCUGUGGAUCCCUGGGGCCAUCAUCCUACUGUGUGCCUUUGGUGUCCUCACCAUGGCUGCUGUAGCUGUCAGUGCCAGGUGGCGAAGGAUGUAGAAAACAGCUGUUUCCAAAUAAAUGUGGCUGUAGCAGA